AUGGGCCCGAGUGAUAAUGGGUCAGAGUUCACAGCCGAAGUGAUCAGUGGGCUGAAAAUCAUCUGGCCCAAACUUGUCCUCGUUCAUGGAGAGCCUCGACAUCCACAGAGCCAAGGAUCCGUGGAAAGAGCAAACGGUGACAUCAAAGACAUGCUGGUUGCAUGGAUAUCACCCUAUGCAGCCCUGUUUGGAUGUGAGGCCAAAGUGGGUCUGACAUCGUCCUUGCUGUUUGAUGAGGUAAUUCAAAGGAUGCAGUGUGAGGAUGAUCUGUUAGCUGUACUCACCACCGGUCAAAACAGAGAGGAACCAGGUCCUGUUCCCAGUGCUGAAUCAGCCUAA